AUGUCUGAUUAUGCGUUCUUGGCUUCGGGCUUCCCACCUUCAGCAACAGAACAUGAAAUCACUGCUUACCUUCGCAGAUCCCUGUGCCAUUUGCAGUUAACUGAUUAUGGCGGCUCGCAAUGGCAGCCUGAGAUUGUCGGAGUUUCGGUCGGUUACGAUUUUGCUCGCCAUGCGGAACUCAUACAGCGCUUGGUUGACGAGCAUCUCAUCGACGUAGCAUUCACCUUGGAGCAGCGAAAUCGUACCGAUUCUGACUAUUCUGACAGUGAUGGCUCAUCAGCUUCAGAUUCAGAGAGUUUUUAUGUUUCGAGGUCUUUUGCGAGUCAGCGUGCGGCUGCAGCUGAAUCCAGCGACGGCUGCCAGGACUCAGACGACGUGCUACAAGUAUUGCAAGUGUUGGAGAACUCGGGGACGGUUAUAGUAAUCUGUCGAUGGCCAUGUGACUUUGCUGAGGCGCUCGAGCACGUACAGCAGCAGCUAGAUCUAGAUGAGAACUUAUGGGAAGGAUCACGCAUAACUGCAUCGCCAAUUCCAUGUGAGCCGACUUCUAUCAACUGGGCAAAUUUUGCGGUUGGGCUUUUUCAGAGCCAGUGGCAGCAAAGAUUAGGCAUCAGGAAGUGGCUAACAUCCUGCAGCACUCGCCAGCAAAGACUGCUCCUGGCCAACGCGAUGAUCGUUGGUGCAUUUCUGUCAAUGCUGGCCUUCUAUACAUUCCUCUACCAGCAUGUGUAUGCCAGCAUCGGCUCUCCGGACAAGCUGCUGGUUUAUGUCGUGACGUUGAGCUGUGCAUUGGGCAACGUGUUGCUAAAUCAGGUUGUUUGGUUCGCAUCACAACAGGCUGGAUUUAGACUCAAGUCGAGUUGCGAUUCCUUUGUCCUCAUCUGGUACACGAUUGUGAUCCUCACGAACAUGUGCUUCAAUUUCUUGGUAAUUUGCCUGUCGGCCGGGGAGAGGCCAGAGAACGAAUUCGCAACUUUGGAGUACGAGCAACAGCUAGCGGAUCGCUUGGUGGCUUUCCUCAGAGGCUCACUUCUUACAUAUGCUGUCUGGCCAUUGUAUUAUCCCUUGAAGUGGGUUUCAGGGAUCCUGCAGCUGCUUUAUCUUCACCUGUUCCGAGAUCGGCUGGCCUUGACCGAUGAUCGCUGCAAGUGGAAAGCGGAACAUGCUAUGGAACCGCCUGAGUGGUACAUGCAAUACGACUAUGCAGGCUUGACUGUGCUCAAAACCACGUCCUUCAUGUGUUUGUUUCUCUUUGGUGACGGUGUUCAAAAGCUUUUCACAUUUGACAUCCUCUGGGUCCUAUGCACCUACUUCUUGAACAAGUAUAUCUAUUUGGCGCUUAGCAAGGAAACCUAUUACACCAAUCGCAUGCUGGACACGACAGCACUGCAGUCGUCUUCCAUGGCUCUCGGCGUCCUCGCUGCUUGUGUUUGUCACUGGGGCCAUCGUGCCAACCCCCAUCGCUCAGAGUAUGUGAUCUCUGUGGUUCUGUUGUCAUGUUUGUAUCUCUGGGCGUUUGAUGCUAUUCUCAGGUCUGCGCAGGACCGAAGAAGUCAAUCCGAAAGGGUGUGGUACGACUCGCUGCCCUAUGAAGAGAUUCAGCGGCUUUACCCUUUCAACUGGUGGAAUGUGAACCCUGCCCACAUGAUGCGGUUAUUGCACUUGUCCCCUUUGUCCAGCCACCAAAGCCUGCCUGCACACCAGCGAGUGGUUUGGCAGCAUGGCAAAAGCUAUUUGCAACCUGAUCUGGUAUUGGAUUUCAUCAACACGGAGAGCCGGGACAAUGACGAAGGAGAGAUGGAGAUGGAGCCGCCGGAGCCGCCGGAGCCGCCCUUUCCCUUUCCAGCCCCUCCUACGGUCACAGUGACGCAUCCGCACACAGAGCCUCGGCCUCAGCUGGGCUCCGGGCGAGAUGGUCACGCUCAAAGCACGUGGCCAGCGGCCCGUUCUGUACCUACGGGGCCGACACAGCACCACGAAGGAGCACUGCAGCCUGCCCGCACAAUCUGA